AACAAUCAUAAUAACAAUAAUAAUAACAAUAAUAAUAAUAAUAAUAAUAAUAAUAAUAAUAAUAAUAAUAAUAAUAAUAAUAAUAAUAAUAAUACUAAUAAUAAUAAUAAUAAUAAUAAUAAUAACAAUAAUAAUAAUAAUAAUAAUAAUAAUAAUAAUAAUAAUAAUAAUAAUAAUAAUAAUAAUAAUAAUUUUAAUAAUAAUAAUAAUGAUAAUAAUAAUAAUAAAAAUAAAAAUAAUAAUAAUAAUAAUAUUAACAACAACAACAACAAUCACAAUCACAAUCACAAUCACAACAACAACAACAACUACAACAACAACAACAACAACAACAACAACAAUAAUAAUAAUAAUAAUAAUAAUAAUAAUAAUAAUAAUAAUAAUAAUAAUAAUAAUAAUAACAAUAAUAAUAAUAAUAAUAAUAAUAAUAAUAAUAAUAAUAAUAAUAAUAAUAAUAAUAAU